AUGGACAGCAGCAACGUGGAGCAGCUUUGUUUGGACUUCACCCUACCAGGACAUCCCCAAAUUGAGCUGAAGCCUGGUGGAAGCAGCAUCAACGUCACAGGCGAGAAUCGUGCAGAGUACCUGCGCCGCGUUGUGGAGGUGACGCUGGUUGAAGCCGUGGCGCCACAACUGGAUGCCUUCCGCUCCGCCUUCAAGGAGCUUCUUCCCGUUGAGACGUGCCGCAUUUGGUCUGAGCAGGAAUUGGCCUUCAUCAUUGUGGGCUCUUCGGUGCAAGAGGAUUCUUUCUGGAACAUGGAACACCUCUCAUCUAAGAUCAAGGCUCAACAUGGUUACACCGCUGAUUCGAGGUGCUUCACAGAUUUGCUCACCUUCCUGGCGGGGCUCUCUCCAGACAACAGGCGAAACUUCCUGAUGUUCGCCACUGGUGCUCCAACACUGCCUUUGGGAGGCUUUGGAGGUCUCAAGCCUCCCUUAACCGUCGUCAAAAAGGAAGCUCCACCUGCACCGCUGACGCCAGAUGACUUUAUGCCAUCAGUGAUGACCUGUGCCAACUAUUUGAAGCUGCCAGAGUACAGCAGCUUUGAGAUCCUCAAGCAGAAGUUGGACCUGGCAAUGCGAGAGGGGCAAUGUGCUUUCCUCCUUUCGUAG